AUUGUUAGAAUAUUAGCUGUAUAUUAGGUGUAAAAGAAUUAGGGUAACUUGUAUUUAGUAGUUUCCUAUUUUGUUGGUAGUUUCCUAUUUCCUAGUCUCCUAGCUUUGUAUAUAAAUAUGUACUAUUCUAUGAAAUAUACACACAAUUCGAAUCACUAUUUUCUACAUGGUAUCAGAGCAUUGUGAUUCAAAAUUCGAAAUUCGAAAUUAGGGUUCUGAAAAAAAAAAAAAAAUAAAAUAAAUAAAAAUUAGGGUUUGAGUUUAGGGUUGUUUUUUUCGAAAAUCCUAUUUGGAGUGAACAUUGUUUCUCACCGCCCACAUAGGAGGACUGCCCAGCCGCCGAUCUACGAACCCCCGAAGUCCGGUCGCCGAUUUCCUCGCGCGUGGGGCUCACGCGCCGCCUGAAGCUUCUGCGCGUGGGGCUCACGCGCCGGCGCGUGGAGGCGCGUGUGACGGCGCCUUCGACGGCGUUCUGUUGCCGAUUCUUCACUGGGUUCUUCUAAGCCCACUCGCAUCUGUUCUAGGUUGUAAUUCGGUAUUUGUUUGUCUUCUUCGUGUUUGGGUGUUCAUUCUUUGGUGUUCUUUUGUUCUUUUUCUCUGUCUUUGUGUUUGCUUUUGAGAUUAUGGCAGAGAUAAGAUCAGAUUCAAAAUCAGUUGUUGUUUCUGAUGUUGUUCCCGUAAUGUCUAAAAUCACGGAUCAUAAGUUGAUUGGUUCGAAUUAUUUGGAAUGGAGUAAGACGAUUCGACUGUAUUUGAGGAGUAUUGACAAAGAUGAUCACUUGAUUGACGAUCCUCCUGAAGAAACAAACGAUUCAAGGAAAAUAUGGCUCCGUGAGGAUGCUCGCUUGUUCCUUCAAAUUCGAAAUUCUAUCGAUAUUGAGGUAAUUAGUUUGAUUAAUCAUUGUGAAUUGGUUAAAGAACUAAUGGGUUACUUGGAGUUUUUGUAUUCUGGCAAAGACAACAUAUCUCGCAUAUAUGAUGUUUGCAAAGCUUUUUAUCGCGCGGAGAAACAAGAUAAGUCUCUUAUGAAUUAUUUUAUGGCUUUCAAGAAAACAUAUGAAGAACUUAAUGUGCUAUUACCGUUUAGUCCUGAUGUAAAAGUUCAACAGCGCCAACGAGAACAGAUGGCUAUUAUGAGUUUUCUUGCAGGACUCUCAUCUGAAUUUGACUCUGCAAAGUCACAAGUUCUCUCUGGUUCUGAUGUCUCCUCUUUACAAGAUGUGUUUACUCGUGUUCUUCGCACAGAGACUACCUCUUCAACUCCUCUGAAUAGCGCCUUGGUGAGUCGUAAUAAUUCUGCACCGGAAAGAAACUCUACUCCAAGUGGAUUUAAAGGAGGUAAUUCACAAGGACCUGAUAACCGCACACCAAAUUCUGGGAGCAUCAUGUGCAAUUAUUGUAAGAAACCAGGCCACACCAAGUUUGAGUGUAGGAAGUUACAAUUUAAGAAUCGACAACAACACUCUGCCAAUAUUGCAAGCACUAGUGAUGCAUCUGACAAAUCGGUCCUUAUUUCUGCUGAUGACUUUGCCAAGUUCUCAAGGUAUCAGGAAACACUUAAGUCUUCAUCUUCUUCUGUCACUGCGAUUGCUGAUUCAGGUAACUCUAAUGCCUGCCUUCUUUCCAAAUCCUCAAAAUGGGUCAUUGAUUCUGGUGCCACAGAUCAUAUGACAGGAUCUUAUGACGAAGAAGAUUAUUGGUAAAGGACAUGAAUCUGGUGGCUUGUAUGUUCUUGACCCACUUCCGCCAACCGCUAUUGCUUGUUCGAGUGUUGCUUCCGCUUUUGAGGCUCAUUGUCGUUUAGGUCAUCCAUCCCUUCCUUUGCUCAAGAAACUGUGUCCCCAAUAUAGUAGUUUAUCUUCGUUAGAAUGUGAGUCAUGUAAACAUCAUC